AUGACCGGCCACAUCGUCGACACGGUCAGAGAGGACCAUAAUGAGAUUCAAGCUUGCUAUGGCCGCAUCGUGAGCUCGGCCGAUCGACAAGAGCAGAUCCGCUUCCAGAAUCUCUUCACUUGGGCGCUGGCACGCAACACCGUCGGCAAAGAGCUCGUCGUCUACCCUGCCUAUGAGAAACACCUCUCGGCCGGGGCGGCGACAGCCGAGAAACGCCGCAAGCAGAAUCACGCCGUCAAAGAGCAUCUGAAGAAAUUCCAGACCCUGGAUCCGACCAACCCCACUUUCAUCCCCACGAUCAAGGGCCUGAUGGAAGCGUUGAGUCCGCAGAUGCGGGAAGAGGAGAACAGCGACCUGGUCGAUCUCGAGCAGGUCCUGUCCGAUCACGACAGCAUCAGCCUGUCCAAGUCGUUCAACCGGACCAAGAUCUUCAUGCCGUCGCGGGCGCAUCCCAGUGCCCCCAGUAAGCCGCCAUUUGAGACGGUCGUCGGACUGUUGACGGCGCCGAUUGAUCAGUUGGGGGAUCUGUUUCGGAAGUGGCCUCAUGAGAAGGAUGUUCAAACGUGA